AUGGCUGAAGUCGAUUAUAAUACUCUUGUUUAGGCAAGUCAAUUGCUGUUCGAUCACUCCUAAGCAUUCAAUGAUUAAAAAGCAGUAGCUCUUGAUCUCGUCACUUCUGGAAUGAGAUCUAGUAACAUUUAAAUUAUCACUGCCUGUACUAAAAUAUGGGUUGAUUUACAGAAUGAUUAAUUCUUUUGGACAAUGACCGACUAGGUCAUUUUGUUAUGCAAAUAAAAUCAAACUAAAUUUUUAGCUUUGAAAGUACUUGAAGAACAAAUUAAAACUAAAUGGAAUUUGAUUCGUGAAGAAUCUAGAUUAGGACUUAAAGGUUUUAUUCUUAAAUAACUAUUACAUUUUGGAGCAAAAGACCAACAUGAUUCAAUCGAGGAAUCUUUAUUAAAUUAAAUAAACAUGAUUAUAAUAUAAAUAUUAAAACACGAGUGGAAGACAACUUGGGUAUCAUUUAUACCUGAAAUUUGUGAAUUAAGUAAAACAGAUUAAAACCUAUGUGAGAACAACUUGAAAUUGCUUAGAUUAUUAAGUUAAGAAAUAUUUGAUUAUUCUAAAAAUUAAUUAACAACCAAUUAAAUAGUUGAACUUAAAAGCAAUCUUCACAAAGAGUUUUAAUUGAUCUUUGAACUUUGUUUCUUUUUGGUUUAGACAUUUGUGGAGAAGUAAAACAUUAAAGUAACCUUGAUAAAGUAAACUUUGGAAACCCUUUACACAUAUUUAUCCUGGAUUCCUUUUGGUUUUAUCUUUAUGACAUAAUUGUGUGAGAUUCUCAUCUAAUUAUUUGAUAACAAUCACUUCAGAAACCUCUCCAUUAGAUGUUUAACAGAGAUAGUCAUUCUCAAACUUGAUUCUGAUUAAUAGAAGAUGAUCAUCUAAUAACAGAAGAUUGGUAUUAUUUUCGAGAAGAUCUUAAUAAAAUUGAGAUAAGUUUUUCCAUGUGACUUCGGAUUUUUAGGGGAAAGAUAGAGAUUAAGAAUAACAAGCAAUACUUAAUUAUAAUACUUCGACGAUUUUUGUGCUAUUUUGACAUAAUUCUUUACAGGAAUCCUAAGUCAACAUCUUGAUUGGUUGGAGAAUGUUUCUAAGACCAAUCCAAAUGUCAUUUAAUUAGUUGAUUACAGUUUAUAAUAUCUGAUUGGAUUCUCUUAAUUACCCUUAGAAUAGAACUAUAAGGUUUGUGCAGAGUUCUGGUUUGACUUUACCAAGAGGUUGUUGGAAUAGCCAUCUUAGUUGCCCAAAGGAAAUCAAAUCAUUUUGAAUCUGUAUUCGAAUGAAAUGAAUCCUCCCUCCUUACAAAAUAAUAGUUAUCCUAGAAUUUUGGUUGAAUUGAGAAAGAUUGUUGUAAGCAAAAUGGCUAAACCCCAAGAAGUCUUAAUCAGCAUUGAUGAAACUGGAUAGCCAAUCAAGGAGGAAUUAUAAAAUACAGAAAACAAUGCUCUAUAUGAUUUAUUAAAGGACCUUUUAAUUAAUCUGGCAAAAUUAAAUUGGACAAGUACAAAGGAGAUUAUCACUUAAAAAUUGGAUAAAUAGGUAAAUUAACAUUAUUGUAUCUUAAAACGCAUUAAUAAUGGCGUGCUUGUAAUUUAUUGA